UAUUGUGAACUGCUUUUUAUCAGAAAUUAACAUAUUAAGGUGCGCAGAUAUAACAUUGGAAGAUAACGUCGAUUGUUUAACUUAUUAUUAUUAGUUUCUAGAAUUCAAAAAUAUUUGACGGCAAUAUAUUUUGUUUACCUAUUAAACUGCAAAAGAGCAAUAGUUAAAUGUUUGUGGUGCUUCGCGGCAUUUCCCCAAUUUUUGUAACAUCAGAGUUGAAUUUCACAACAGUCAACUAGGCAAACUAUGCAAGCUGAGCCUGAGAACUGUCCCGGUGUGGGCACAGAAAACGCCGGUAAAGCCAGCGCUUGCGCUGGCUGUCCCAACCAACGGCUAUGCAGUGAUCCCAACACAAAAAUGGAAGAUCCCGGCAAAGCACUCGUUGCCGAAUCAAUGCGCGAAGUCAAACAAAAGCUCCUCGUACUUUCCGGCAAAGGUGGUGUAGGUAAGAGUACGGUUACUACUCUAUUGUCACGUUAUUUGGCACGCACCUAUCCCGAUCGCAAUUUUGGUGUAUUGGACGUUGAUAUUUGUGGGCCUUCGCAACCACGUUUGCUUGGUGUUGAAGGUGAAAACGUGCAUCAAUCCGGAUCUGGUUGGUCACCGGUUGGCGUGGACGAUAAUUUAUGCUUGAUGUCCAUUGGAUUUUUGCUCGAUUCUCCUGAUAAUGCCAUCAUCUGGCGUGGUCCCAAGAAGAACGGCAUGAUUAGACAAUUCUUGAGUGAAGUCGACUGGGGACAACUGGAUUUACUUCUAUUGGACACGCCGCCAGGUACUUCAGAUGAACACUUAUCGGUUGUAUCCUAUUUGCGUGAUGACAGUGACAAGGAUACGCUGCAUGCUUUAAUUGUAACAACGCCGCAAGAAGUUUCACUGUUAGAUGUGCGAAAGGAAAUCAAUUUCUGCAAGAAACAGCGUAUACCAAUAUUGGGCGUAGUCGAGAAUAUGAGUGCAUUCCGAUGUGGACAUUGUGGUCAAACUUCAGAAAUAUUUCCGGCAAAGACUGGUGGAGCCGCAGCGAUGUGUGCCGAAAUGGAAGUGCCGUACUUAGGUGCACUGCCACUGGAUCCAGAAGUGACGAAAGCUUGCGAUACCGGUGAAGACAUAACUAGCAUGAAGAAUUCAACAAUUGAGGCAUUAGCGGGCAUUUGCAAGAAAAUUUCAGAAGGUCUGGAAAGUGCUUGAGCUGUGUUAUUAUGAGGUGGAAAAUAUUUUGAUUUAUUUCGUUUCAAACAUAUGUAGAUGCAUCAAAACUUCUUAGAGCGAAUCAGAAAAUGUAGAAAGUUUAAGUCGAAUGCCGUUAUUAUGGAGAUAUGACUCCAUAUAUGAAUUUAAUGGAUUAAAAACUUUGUGUACAUA